AUGAGGCCUAGGUUAUUAUUCCAGGCCCGCAAUUCUUUGCGUUGUGCUGCGAAAUGCAGAUAUGGAGCUUCAUAUUCGGCCUUGAGAUGGUCUUCGACGGAGACGAGGCAAUGGUCUACGCCCCUUGCUAAACAACUUUCUGAAGCUAUCACUACGAUCAAGAAUUUCAAACCAAUGGCUGAGAGUAUAGAAGCUGUGUAUAUGGUAGAAGCAAGCCCUGCUUUGAGAGAUGCGCAGAAACAGCUUUUAUGCGGGGAUGCGCCUAUGAUUGAGACGGAAACAGGAUUCAAGAGUACUAGCAAGUAUGCUGGUAUUCCUAUAAUGUGGACGGAGAAUAUGCGAUCUGUACCAUAUGGCGCGGACAAAACUCCAUUUAUCGUGGCCCACGAAUUCUUCGAUGCUCUUCCAAUCCACGUCUUCCAAUCCGUGGCCCCAAAUCUUGAUACUUUGGAGCCUAUCACAAUUGAAACGCCUACUGGCACUCAUCCGCUUGCUCCCUCUACCUCCAAGUCAUCCACAGCCAAAACUCCCCAAUGGCGAGAAAUGGUAGUGUCGCCCACCCCGCCAAAUUCCACCCAAACCGAUGUUUCUAUCCCCGACUCCCCCCAAAACCAAUCCUCUCCUCCCGAAUUCCAACUCACGCUUUCCAAAUCCUCCACCCCGCACUCCCUUUAUCUUCCCGAAAUCCUUGACCGCUAUCGAAAUUUAAAAUCUAUCCCCGACUCGCUAAUCGAAAUAUCACCUGAAAGUCACGCGAUUGUUGCUGAUUUCGCAAGCCGAAUCGGUGGUUCCAAGACAAAUCCAAAAACUAAACCUUCGGGUGCUGCUCUUAUUCUAGAUUAUGGACCAAUUUCUAACAUCCCAACCAAUUCUCUCCGGGGAAUCAAAGCACAUCAACGAGUUUCUCCCUUUAGCGAACCAGGAAUCGUAGAUCUCAGCGCCGAUGUAGAUUUUGUCGCUCUAGCCGAAGCAGCAAUGAAUGCGAGUGAAGGGGUGGAAAUCCAUGGGCCUAUGGAACAAGGUGAAUGGUUGUUGAGUAUAGGGAUUAAAGAACGUGCAGAGAUGCUAGUUCAAAGCUUAAAGGGGAAAGAUGACGAGGCUCGGAAGAGGAUUGAAGGAGCUUGGAGGAGGUUGGUUGAUAUGGGGGAAAAUGGGAUGGGAAAGGUUUAUAAGGUCAUGAUUAUGAUGCCGGAGAAUGAAGGGAGGAGACCACCGCUCGGAUUUGGUGGUAGCGUGGUGCAUUAG